GUCUUGCAUUAUUUUGGAUUAAUUACAUAUACUUCACACAGCAACAACCUACUUCCUUUAGCAUUAGCAUCCUUUAACAUUAACCUCCCGGAACCAUGAAUGUAGAAAUACGUAACAAUUAAGACUUUUAAUAAAGUCUUUAAAGAAAACAGUAAUAAUCAUGUCGAUGUGGCAGUGGUACGUCUAUCCUGUAGCCUGGUUAUGAAGAUGGGUGUCUCUCAGCAGUGAGGUCCAUACCAGCUAAGAUUUUGGAAGCCUUAGUGAUCUGAAACAAAGAAGUGCAGCCAGAAGGUGCACAGUAAUGUCCCAGCUGACCGACCGAUUUGACAGCUGACCGUAUCAGCUGUUCACAGCCUUGCCUCCGUGGCCUGACUGAACUAACGCUGCGCUCGAUGAAAGUGCCAUUUACAAAAGUCCAGUCGCAUCAAGCUAUUACCCUUAAUCCCUUCAGGGCUUGUUCACUUAAUUCAGCUACACAGAUGAAGACUGUUAAGACGCAGACAAACAAACAUACCUACUGAAGGCUGCGGGAGUUUCACACAAGGUCUUCUCUUAUUUUUGAAAGAAAAUAGUGGAUUUUUGCUCAGGACAUUGAAGGUUUCUCGGGGGACAUGGGAAAGCAUGUGACUAUACUUUCAUUGUGUCCUUACAAGCUGAUUUUUUUGCAUUUCUACUCUUCGCAUUGAUGUCAAGCACUGAUGGGGUACAGAAGGCGGAUACAUUCCUUUGGGUGACAUGUUGUGGAAAUAAAGCUCCAGGGAUUUCCUUGAUUUAAAGAGAAACUCACCAGGUGAGUUUUACCUAUUAAUCAUCUCUGGCUACAACCUUUCAUGGCUUGGAGUUUUACGGACACUGUUUUGCUGACAUCAUUUACAUACACAGCCUUCAUAUUAUCAUUAAAUUCAAAGAAAUACAUAGAAAAGCUACCAAAUACAAAACUAAAUGAAUGGUGUGAAAUCUUAAACCAUUUCUUUUAAAUAGGCAGGAUUUAGUAUAGGUUAAAAUACGUAAAAGAAAAACUCAUGUCUUAUUAUUUGUAGAAUUCAUAGAAUAUUUUUCAUAGUAGCAGUCUUUCAUUCAUACUGUGAACAAGAUUCAAAGUGCACGUCGCAUGAGCUUUUAUCAACAGCUCUCUUAAGAGGGUUAAUCUCUGUUACACUACACUAAAUUAUUGUGAUGUCUGGGGAACUAAUGAAUAACCUCCCUUAGACCAAAGUUUAUAAAUCGAUAAUCCCCAGUAAUUCAUUAUUUCCUCUUGUGUUUUUCUGUGAGAAAAAUUGUAAUAUAGAUACUCAAAUAUAAACAAUUUUAAUGAAUAACAGAAGCUGGUUUAUAGUGAAGCAGGGCCAUCAUUGAGGGUUUGAAGCUUGUGGGCUUUCCCAGAGGCACAGGUGUGUGUUGACGUCGUCUGCUCUAAAAGGAGGAUUGACGCCAGAGUAAAAGAGCAAUGAACCCAGAUUAACUCGCUCUCUAGAUCUCAUUAACGUGUGCAACAACAUGACAUUUAGAGUAGCCUGUUGUCAAAAGCCUGAAAAUAUUGUACAGUACAAUAAUACGAUUUACUAGAGUAUGUCUGUUAGUCUAAAUGUUAAAAUUAAUAAUUUAAAUAAUGUAUUGUGUGUAAAUUGUGUAUUACUGAAUUAAGUGUUUGUGGUUGUUUUUUUAUUUAUUAAUUUUUUUUUUUACAAUGGUUUCUUAACCAUUUAACAAGUUCAAUCCACAUUAUUUUGUAAUGUGAUUUGUAUCAAAUGAAUUAAUGAAUAUAUAAAAAUACAAAUUAUUGUUUCAUACAAGUGCUUGUUAUACUGACUUUCAUAUUUUCUACCUUCAGGAGAAGUCAUGGGGUGUGGUGUCACAAAAACCAGUGAAUUCAAUAGAAAAUUUGAUAAAGAUGGAAAUGUCAUCCCAGGUGAGUUUUUUACCAGUCCAGCAAAGCUUGUGUAAAACCUUAUCUCUCACAGCUUUUGAAUUAGCACACAGUAGUUUAUUUUGUGUUUAGUGUCAAAAUAUAAGUAACUCAUUUACAUUCUCAACAUUCUCUUCUUUUUCAUGCCUGUCUGCAGCAGCCAUAAGUAAGAAAAAAUCAUCUUUAUAAACACUAUGAUGUCUGUUGAUUAUUGUUGGGUAUUACACAGGCUACUGUACACAGAGUUAUAAGACUUUCAAUAGGCCUACACUAUAAAAAAUUACUUUUCUUAUGUUGUAGCUUAUAAAAGAAACUAUGUUCUACAAGAAAGGAGCCUAGCUACUAUAAGUCUUUUUAAUAAUUUACAUAAUUUCCACGUUUAAUUCAAUGGAUUAACAGCUGGUCCUUUGUAAUUAUGUGAAAUUUAAUGUUACUAGUAAAAAUGAUACAAACUAAUCCUACACCCAAUUUUUUUUUUUCUGUGUAGAAAAAAUUGUCUCUCAACUUAUGCUUAAUUGGGUGUAAUUCUAGAAGCCAGACACGAAAACUACUGCAUUUAUAGCAAAUCUGUUUAAUUAUAGCCCAUUUAUUUCUGACCUCAGUCAUGUUCUCUUGAAAGCAAUGAAGGCUGCGGUGCUGAUCCAGCGCUGGUACCGACAGUAUGCGGCUCGCAUGGAAGUGAGACGCAGAUACACCUGGAACAUCUUCCAGUCCAUGGAGUACGCAGAUCUACAAGACCAGAUCAAAUUAUACAAUUUUCUUGGUUACCUGAUGGAUAACUUCACUCCACCAAGCAGUGAACGAAAUCUGAUCUCCCAUAUCUUCAGAGAAAACGAGGUUUGCAGAGAUGCAGAGUGGGAGCGAUACUUCAGCUACACCAAUAUCGAUGUGCCAGACAUCUACUCCGGUCCACGUCUAACCUUUCCUUUAGAUAUGGAUCAGGCUGCUGAUCUUGUAGAGGCCUUUAAAAAGAAACAACAGCUUCACUCUCGUUACGUUCUUCAGCUUCUUCUGGAAACAUGGAAGUUGCUCAAAGUGUUGCCAAAUAUCAACCGAGUCUCUACAUGCCAUAGCAAAGAAAUAACCAUUUGUGGUGAUUUACAUGGACAAUUAGAAGACUUGCUACUAAUAUUUUACAAGAAUGGAAUGCCGUCGUUGGAGAAACCCUAUGUUUUCAAUGGAGACUAUGUGGACCGAGGCAAAGACUCCAUAGAGAUUCUGCUCAUAUUGUUUGCUUUUCUGCUUGUGUUUCCUGGAGAUGUUUAUCUUAAUCGUGGAAACCAUGAAGAUCACAUAAUUAAUUUGAGGUAUGGCUUUACCAAAGAAGUACUGAACAAAUACAAGCUGCAUGGGAAGCGCAUCCUGAAGUUGCUCCAGAAAAUCUUCAGCUGGUUGCCUUUAGUGACAGUCAUUGACCAGCGGGUGUUGAUAGUCCAUGGAGGAAUCUCAGAUACCACCAAUCUUGCUCUGAUUGCUCGAGUGGACAGACACAGAUAUGUGUCUGCUCUGAGGCCUCCGAAGAAGAAGACUCCAUCACGCACUAAUGUAUAUGCAGAUUCAGAGCGCUAUGACGAGAUGAUCAUCUGUAAGAACAGAAGGGGCUCGCUGACCUUUCCCAAACCGUUUGGUGCUCGGGAAAGUUUUCAAAGACGCUCCCUUCAAGACUUCUCAAGGGCCGUGGCUCGGACACUUGAGGAGGAGUUCGAGGUUCGCCGUAGACAAGGAGAGUUUAGCUUGUCCAGCUUCAGCAAGUCUCACCGCAUUCUGAGCUCCGCUGUGUCAUCUGAUUCUGAACCAGAAUCCUCAGAGUUUACAGACACCAGCAAUGAGGAGUGGAAACAGAUUUUGGACCUGCUGUGGAGUGACCCCAUGUCUCAUGAUGGUUGCAUUCCCAAUGAGGUCCGUGGAGGAGGCUGUUAUUGGGGUCCUGAUGUCACCGAGGGGUUUCUGAACAGGCACAACCUCCAGCUCAUCAUCCGCUCACACGAGUGCAAACAGGACGGAUACGAGUUUUGCCACAAUCGCAAGGUCCUGACACUUUUCUCAGCGUCUAACUACUAUGAGGUUGGCAGUAACAGAGGAGCCUUUGUCAGGCUGGGUCCAGAUCUCGUGCCUUACUUUGUUCAGUAUCAGGCCACCAGUAUGACCCGAGGACUGAGCUUUCCACAAAAUGUAAAACGCACAGAGCACACAGCUCUCAAAGUCCUACGAGAGCAACUGUUUGUGCACAAGUCAGAUCUCCUCAGUGCCUUUCAGGAGAUUGAUAAGGAGAACACAGGACUGAUCUGUCUGAAUGAGUGGGCGAGUGCAAUCGAGCGAGUUCUUCACCUGGAUCUGCCCUGGCGAGUGCUUCAUCCUCAGCUCGUGUCCAGCACCACAGAUGGGAGGCUGGACUACCACGGCUGGUUCCGUGAUCUUGCCCUAAAAAAGCCCAGUUCUGAGCACAUUGAGCAGACGAUGCUGGAGACGUUGUAUAGACAUCGCUCCACACUGGAGACCAUUUUCAGAAUAGUGGACACAGAUAAUUCAGGGCUCAUCACUUUUGAGGAUUUCCGUCAGACGUUGAAACUGCUCAGUGCCUAUCUGAAAAUGGAGAUCUCUGACGAGGUCAUCAACAAGCUGGUUAUAAGCACCGACACAAAUAAUGAUGGUAGCAUUGACAUUGAUGAGUUCAUGGAGGCUUUCCGGCUGGUUGACAAAAGCAGACUUGAGAGAGGUAAAAGCCUAUUAAAGCUCAUGCAGGACAACCAGGAGACUGAAAGUCCACAGACUGUCUACUCUACAGCUCCACAGACUUCACAAUGUCCAGCUUCACAGCCUGCAGAUCCACCAGCUUCAAAUACUACAGACUCUGCAUGCUCACAGACCGCAAAUCCUCCAGCUUUACAGACUGCAGACUCUCCUGGUUCACUCGCUGAAGACUGUCCAGCUUCACAGACUGAAGAUCUCUGCCACAUUUCUGUGGUUGUUCCACCACAAUAACGGCUGACUGUUGUUAAAUUACACUGCUGUAAACCAUAGCCUUCCCUUGGUAUUUAACCCAACCUUUUGUAGUCUUUAAUCUUCCAUUGCAUAAGCUGUUGAUAUCUCAACGAUAUCUGCACUUGUUUUAUCUCCCUGACAACUGGUCCAAGAUAAAGAGGCUUCUAGAAUGUGCCAGCAUUGCCUCUGACAAAUAUAUUCACACAAUCUGCAUCAAAACGAGCCAUCAGUAUCUUGAUAUGCCCAUGACAUAAUUAGAUUGUAAAACAGAGUAUAUGUUGUUCAUAAUGUAUUUGAGGUGUGUGAAUGUAUUAUGCAAGUAAAGGGGUAGACAGAAAUUGAAA